AUGCUCGAAAAAGCGCGCAAACGAUCCGGAGAAUUUAUCCAUGACGAAGCUCGAGCAAUCAAGCACAAACUCUCGGACGCCGCUGCCAGCAUAAAAAACAAGGCAUCCGGCUUCACGGAUCCUGCCGAUCCGACCACACGUACUAUUCGAGAGAUAAAGAAGAAGUCUCGAGAGCACCCUGGCCACAGUGAUGAAAUGGGUAACAAUUUUUGUUUCAUAAACAGCUAG